CUUGCAGAAGAUGGCAUGGUUGGGUCAGCAGCAAACAGCAACAACCAUUUAAGUGAACCUCAAAUCAGACGGCCUCGCAGCCUCAGUUCACCCACAGUAACCUUAUCUGCUCCACUUGAGGGUAUGAAGGACUCUCCGGUGCGCAGAGCAAUGAAGGACACACUUUCCAACCCACAGUCUCUAGAGCCCUCACCCUACAACUCUCCUAAACCAAAGAACAAAGUUGCACAAAGCUUCCUUCCUCCUGGCUGGGAGAUGCGGAUAGCACCCAACGGCAGGCCCUUCUUCAUCGAUCAUAAUACUAAAACUACUACGUGG